CCUAGGUUCUCUCGAAAAGCAAUGGCAUUUAUUACAAAGAUCCUUUUCAACAAUAUAUUAGGUCGUUUUAUCCAUGAUGAUUUUCAUGAAGCUGUCUCUUCGAUGACUAUAACCGAUGCAUUUCUCUUCCUCAUGGUUCAUUGGGUGGAUAAAGUGGGGAAAUGGCACCGAUUACCAGUUAUCUUAGGUUUAAUAUAUCUGGCUGUACGUCGCCGUCUUCACCAGCACUACAAUCUCAUCAGUGUCGGAAAAUCUCCGUCUGGAGUUCGGGUUAAUCCAGGGGAUUACAAGUAUAGAACAGCUGAUGGAAGCUACGGUGAUCCCUUCAAUGAGGGAGCCCGCAGCCAAGGAACUUUCUUUGGCAGAAACAUUAUGCCCGUUGAUCAAACAGAUAAGUUAAAGAAACCAGAUCCAAUGGUCGUGACUACGAAAUUAAUGACAAGAACACAAUACAAGGACACAGGCAAGCAACUCAACAUGAUUGCAGCUUCAUGGAUCCAGUUUAUGAUUCACGAUUGGGUGGAUCACAUGGAGAACACCAACCAACAGGUUGAGUUGAUUGCCCCUAAAGAAGUUGCAAACAAAUGCCCUCUCACUUCUUUUAAGUUUUAUCCCACCAAGGAGUUUUCCACUGGUUUUGAUGACGUCAAAACUGGUGCAAAGAACAUACGCACACAUUGGUGGGAUGGAAGUGUUAUAUAUGGUAGUGAUAAGGAACGGUUACAGAAGGUAAGAACUUUGGUAGAUGGAAAGUUAAAGAUUUCAGAAGAUGGGUUACUUCAACAAGAUGAAGAUGGGAUCCCCAUAUCCGGCGAUAUUAAAAAUAGCUGGGCUGGCGUCUCCACCUUGCAGGCUCUAUUCAUUAAAGAACACAAUGCUAUCUGUGAUGCCCUUAAGAAGGAAUACCCAGCUUUGAACGAUGAAGAGUUAUACCGACAUGCAAGGCUUAUAACUUCUGCUGUGAUUGCAAAGAUCCAUACCAUUGAUUGGACUGUGGAGCUUUUGAAAACUGAUAUGUUGCUCGCUGGAAUGCGUAUUAAUUGGUAUGGAUUUUUGGGAAAGAAAUUCAAGGACACAUUUGGGCAUGUUGGUGGAUCCACUUUGGGAGGUUUAGUUGGUCUCAAAAAGCCUAUUAAUCACGGUGUUCCUUACACUUUGACCGAAGAAUUUACCAGUGUCUAUCGGAUGCACCAACUUUUACCAGAUUCCAUACACCUAAGGAACAUUAAUGUCACUCCUGGACUGAACAAAUCUCCACCAUUGCUUGAGGAGGUUCCUAUGCCCGAUCUAAUCGGCCAUAAAGGAGAAAAAACUUUGUCACAAAUUGGAUUUACCAGGCAAUUUGUUUCAAUGGGACAUCAAGCUUGUGGUGCAUUGGAGCUUUUCAACUAUCCUUCAUGGCUUCAAGACCUUGUAGCACAAGAUGUUGAUGGCAAAGAUAGGCCUGACCAUGUGGAUUUGGCAGCUCUUGAAGUUUACAGGGAUAGGGAGAGGAAAGUUGCAAGGUAUAAUCAAUUUCGUAGGAAUUUGCUAUUGAUACCAAUCUCUAAAUGGGAAGAUCUAACUGAGGAUAAGGAAGCCAUUGAAGUUCUCAAGGAAGUUUAUGGUGAUGAUGUUGAAGAACUGGACUUAAUGGUGGGUCUCAUGGCAGAGAAGAAGAUCAAGGGUUUUGCUAUAAGUGAAACUUCUUUCAUUGUCUUCCUACUAAUGGCAUCUAGGAGGCUUGAAGCUGAUAGGUUCUUCACAAGCGAUUUCAAUGAGGAAGCAUACACAAAGAAAGGAUUUGAAUGGGUGAAUACAACUGAAAGCUUGAAAGAUGUGUUGAAUCGCCAUUAUCCAGAAAUCUCAAAGAAAUGGAUCAACUCAACAAGUGCUUUCUCGGUUUGGGACUCGCCUCCAAAUGCUCCCAAUCCUAUCCCUCUCUAUUUUCGCUUUCCAUCUUAAGAUUAACUCACAUUCGAUCUAUGGAUUUAAGUAGUAGUGGGAUCCUAUCUCUUAUCAUAAUUUUCAUCUUUAAUAUUUAAUAUUGAUUACAUGUUUUAAUUUACAUCAAAAUUGUUUGUUUGUUUUC